AUGGCUAAAGAAGCCUGGGAUGCAGUCAUGCCAAUCACUAUCAAGAACUGUUGGGAUCAUUGUGGAAUCCAGAAAGUGACUGCACCAACCUCUCACCCUGCCCAUGCAAAUCCAGAAGCUUGGAGUAUCAUACAAGACUUUGCUGCAGACUCAGCCAUGACUCUUCCAGCUGCUGAAAAAUGGCUUCAGGACCUGCUCAGGGACAAGUAUGUUUAUGAACAUUGGCAAGAAGCAUUCAACACUGUCAUGGGAGCUGAGGGAGAUGCCACACAGGCUGUAGCAGGUGUUGAGAAGCUUGCCCAAGCAGCACUUCACCACACUGGACUUACCAUUAAGAUAACCCCAUGCACAGACCUGCCACAGCUGGUUGCUCUCAAGGAAGCACUCUCCAACUCCAUCAAAAUCUUGAAAUCACACAAUUGGAUCAUUGGAUUGCCACCCACAAUUGAUGAAGUUCUUGAUCCCAAAGAGGAGCAAGAGAUUGGAGAGUCUCAAUAUGCAUUUGAGGGUGGAGACACUGAAAUUGUUGCAGCAGUGCAGUGUGAACUUGCCAUCAAGCAGGGUGAGGUUGUGGAGCUGGAGUCUGAUGAUGAAGAUCAGCAAACUCCACUGAAACUGGAUUAUGCUGACCUUAUUAACAUGUGCGAGACAAUCGAGUCAGCAUGCAUGCAGGACGUGCGUGUCCUCAUCAUUUUGUCCUUCUGGCCAUCUGCUGAGCCAUCUGCUAAGUCUUCCACUGCUAUCACCCUUUCACAGCAAGAUUUCUGGCCGUCUGUUGACAAUUGCCCCGCUAUUACCCAUCCUCAGAUUUACUUCCGGCUGCCUGUUCACAAUUGCCCCGCUAUUACCUAUCCUCAGAUUGACUUCCGGCCGUCUGUUCACAAUUGCCCCGCUAUUACACAUCCUCAGAUUGACUUCCGGCCGUCUGUUGACAAUUGCCCCGCUAUUACCCAUCCUCAGUUUGCAAUGGAUGAAAGCCUUUCACCAUCAGGCUCGUCAAAUUUUACGUUCCCAGAUCUCUCUGAAGCGGUGUCCACCGGGUUCUCUGAAGGCGUGUCUUUCGAACCCUGUGAAGAUGUGUCCGUCGAUGACCCUGAUGCAGAUGCUGGUUCCUCCGCUGAGCCUGCCUGCUGCUACCUAUCGGAUGAAGUGAUCUGA